CCCAGUCAAAGGACCCAUUUUCAUGAUAGACAGUGCCUGGGGCUGGAGGCUCUACACACCGGGUUUGCCUGUGCAGGCCAAAGACUGCCAGUAUUAGCACAGCCCAAACAGGAUUUCCUUUCUGCCCGCUCUGAAAAAGGGGAUGCAGAAGACAGAAUUGCAGGGGACAGGGCACCUUUUGUUUCAUUAGGAAUAGCCAUUAAAAUGUGUGAAAUGUGGAAGAUGCUUCACUGAAUGAGCACACAUAGUUCACAUCAACAAACACAAAAAGGAAAGAACCCAUUUAAAGGUAUGGAGUGCGGAAAAAGCUUCUGUUUCAAUGCAAAACUUAGAACACACCAGCUGACUCACACAGGGGAAGAACUAUAUUUAUGUAUGGAGUGUGGAAAGAGCUUUAAUGAUAGUGGAAGCCUUAGACAACAUCAACUGACUCACACAGGGGAGAAACCAUAUGAAUGUAUGGAAUGUGGAAAGAGCUUCAGUCAGAGUGGACACCUUAGACAACAUCAACGGACUCACACAGGGGAGAAACCGUUUCAGUGUAUGGAGUGUGAAAAGAGAUUUAGUGAUACUGGAAGCGUUAGAAGACAUCAACAGACUCACACAGGGGUGAAACCAUAUAAUUGUAUGGAAUGUGGAAAAAGCUUCAGUCAGAAUGCAGACCUUAAAAUACAUCAACGAAUUCACACAGGGGAGAAACCAUUUAAAUGCAUAGAGUGUGGAAAGAGCUUCAGUCAGAGUCGAGACCUUAAAUAUCAUCAACGGACUCACACAGGGGAGAAACCAUAUAAAUGUAUGGAGUGUGGAAAGAGCUUCAGACAGAGUGCACACCUUAGAAAUCAUCAACAGAUUCACACAGGGGAGAAACCAUAUGAAUGUAUGGAGUGUGGAAAGAGCUUCAGUCAGAGUGGAGAGGUUAGAUCACAUCAACGGACUCACACAGGGGAGAAACCAUUUACAUGUGUGGAGUGUGGAAAGAGCUUCAGUUAUAGUGGAAACCUUAGAAGACAUCAAUGGACUCACUCAGGGGAGAAACCAUUUAAAUGCAUGGAGUGUGGAAAGAGCUUCAGUCAGAGUGGAGACCUUAAAUAUCAUCAACGGACUCACACAGGGGAGAAACCAUAUGAAUGUAUGGAGUGUGGCAAGAGCUUUAAUGAAAGUGGAAGCCUUAGAAGACAUCAACGGACUCACACAGGGGAGAAACCAUUUAAAUGCAUGGAGUGUGGAAAGAGCUUCAGUCAGAGUGCACACCUUAGAAAUCAUCAACGGAUUCACACAGGGGAGAAACCAUAUGAAUGUAUGGAGUGUGGAAAGAGCUUUGGUCAGAGUGGAGAGCUUAGAUCACAUCAACGGACUCACACAGGGGAGAAACCAUAUAAAUGUAUGGAGUGUGGAAAGAGCUUUAAUGAAAGUGGAAACCUUAGAAGACAUCAACGGACUCACACAGGGGAGAAACCAUAUAAAUGUAUGGAGUGCAGAAAGACCUUUGGUGAUAAUGGAAAGCUUAGAUCACAUCAACGGACACACACAGGGGAGAAACCAUUUCAAUCACUGGUUCUUCACCAGAACUUCAUCGCUGCCUCCUGCCCUGCGCGGUCUGAAGAAAACUUGGAAUACUGA